AUGGAUGAAGACAAUGUAUUUGAAGAACCUUAUACAAUGGAUAAAGACAAUAUAUUUGAACAGCCUAAUAUAACAGAAUGUAGUUCCACAUUGAUUUCAAUAAUAUCUCAAAAUACAUUUGAACCAGAAGCACUUUCCAAAAACAAUCCUCCUGAAGAAUAUCUUACAGCUACUGAAGAACAUUGCAACCCUCUUGAUUUCUAG